AUGGACGUGUGUCUGAGCUCCGAGCAGCGGCCUGGGUGCCCGGGGGAAGGACUGGGCUCCCCGGAUGGCUGGUUCGAGGCAGAGGAGAAGACUGUCCAGAAAGAUGGCGCCUGUGGACCCGCAGGAGAUCUUGACAACAUAGAACCAUCUCUUCAGAGCCUGCAGAAAUUUGUUCCUACAGAUUAUGCCAGCUACACUCAGGAGUAUUAUCUGUUUGCAGGCGAGAAGAUUGUCAUUCAAGAAUCAAUAGAGAGUUACGGAGCAGUGGUGUGGCCAGGGGCUACGGCUUUAUGUCAGUACUUGGAGGAACAUACAGAGGAAUUGAAUUUUCAAGAUGCUAAAAUACUUGAAAUUGGUGCUGGACCAGGCCUUGUAUCCAUUGUGGCCAGUAUUUUAGGUGCUCAAGUCACGGCAACGGAUUUGCCUGAUGUCCUGGGAAACCUUCAAUACAACCUUUUAAAGAACACACUAAAACGCACUGCACAUCUGCCAGAAGUGAAAGAACUGGUGUGGGGAGAAGGCCUGGAACAAAACUUCCCCAAGUCAACUUUUUAUUAUAAUUACGUCCUGGCCUCUGAUGUGGUCUACCACCAUUACUAUCUGGACAAGCUGCUCGCCACCAUGGUGUACCUUUGCCAGCCAGGGACUGUGUUGCUUUGGGCAAACAAGUUCAGAUUCAGCACUGAUUAUGAAUUUUUAGAUAAAUUCAAGCAAGUUUUUGAUACAACACUUUUGGCUGAAUUUCCAGAGUCAUCAGUUAAAAUUUUUAAAGGAACACUAAAAUGGGACUAA